CUGUGGGCCGUCGUACUUUCUCGUCGUCAGUUCUAGGGUUUUCGUUAAAGUAAAUGAGUAAUAAGAGAAACGUAAGAAGAACAUCAAAUCGAGUUGCAGAGGGCGAUUGCCGAGCGUCGUGGUAUCCGUUCUGCUUCGGCGCCGACCAGCUUUAGAUUUAACGCCGCACUGCUCUCCGCAACACCUUUUAUGCGCGGCGCACGCGAGGGAGAUUAACAAACAGCCCCGGCUGACCGGCGCGCUGUCCCGAACAGGCUGCCCGGACAGGCUGUCCCCUCGCCGCUGCGACACACCACGACACUGCUGACCCGCGUACGGCCCCCGGCCUCCUGCACGGCGGCAGGAAGGGGACACUAUCUCCCGCUUCGAUGGCAGCGCUGCGCUGUCUAUUCUUCAGGCCAGUCCACCUGUCCACCUGCAGGAGCGCGCUUGUUCGCCGACGGACAGUUCAGUGGCCAGGCCCCCCCGGCUAGUCCACCUCCAGGAGCACCGUUCGUCCCCCGGCCAGUCCACCUCCAGGAGCGCUGUCCACCCCUCGGCCAGUCCACGUCCAGGACGCGCUCGGCUAGUCCACCUCUAGGAGCGCUGUCCACUCCAGUCCCACGGCUAGUCCACCUCCAGGAGCGCUGUCCACCCCCGGCCAGUCCACCUCCAGGAGCGCGGCGGGGCAUUAGCGGGAGUAGCAUUGUGGAGCCGGCCGGGCCGGGAGUGGCGAUGCGCGAGCCACGUGAACAUCCCUCCCGGACACUUGCACGACGGCGGCGGGGCCAUCGGAGGCCUCCCUUGUGGUGAAGCCCGUGCGCGUUGUGUGUGUGUGAGUGUGUGGACGUGCGUGCGUGUGGACACGCGGACCUCGAGGUGUGCUGCCCCGCCUCCGUCACCAUGAGCGAGGAGCACCUCUACCUCUACGUCCACCUGCUGCUGGCCGGAGUGCUCUCCCCUCACGAAUCCCCGGUCCAACAGCCGGCAGGUGACCUUGAAGCAGGUGUCCAUCCGGUCCAGCGGGGUGUACAGGUGCGAGGUGUCCGGGGAGGCGCCCUACUUCCACUCGGCGCACAGCGAGGCCCGCAUGGAGGUCGUCUACAUUCCAAAAGACAACCCGACGAUCAGCGGCCCUGAGCGGCAGCACCAGGUCGGCGACAACAUCGCCCUCAACUGCACGUCGGGGAAGUCACACCCCGCGUCCAAGCUGCAGUGGUUCAUCAACGACCAGCUCGUGAGCGACCCGGCCUUCCUGGUGGAGCACCCGCACCAGAAGCACGCGCACGGGCUGUACACCACGGUGCUGGGCCUGCGGCUCGUCAUCCGCCCGCAGCACUUCCGCGAGGGCUCCAUGGUGCUGCGCUGCGUGGCCACCGUCUCCACCGAGCUGUGGCGCUCGCACACCGAGGUGGUGCACGACGACGAGCCGCCGCACAACGUGCGCAUGCUCGAGAACCGGGAGGCCUUCUUCGAGCUGAAGGGUGGCGGUGGUCCUCGCCUGGCGCCCGCCCUGCCGCUGCUGGUCCUGCUGGCACUGCUCCUGGCCACCUGAUCGCCCGGCGCCCUGCUAUACGCCAACCGAACCCUCGUUAUUUGACAAGCUUCGUUCGAAUCUCGAUGUGUGCGUUUAUGUUUGUGUGUGACUGUGAGAUUCGUCAAUUUCUCUUCAAGAGCGUCUGGCAUCUCCCCUCUGUCUUCCGAACGCCCCGCCCCGCGCGCCUCCGCGAAGCGAGUAAGGAACCAAAAGUUUUCGUCGAGGGGAAAAAUGUUCGGUUCCGAAAACAACGACUGAAUAGCUUAAUAAUUUUUCUAAAAGUGUAAGAGUAAAGCGCAGACAGGGCACGCUGUGUGUUACAGAGUUGUGUGUACGGACGUGCGUGUGAGCAUGUGGCGUCACCAUGUGUGCCAAAACCUGUUACGCGUCGACACGUUUAGAAUUACCUUAUACACAAAGCUGCAAUAAAAACUUGACAAUGCCUUGUAAACGUGUAAAAAUAUGUUAAUUACAACGCAGACCUCUUAAUUUUAUUCGCAAAUACGUGUACAGUACUCAAACACGCUUACUAUUGUGGUCAGCCAUAAUUUGUGAGAGAAAUGCUGUUGCUGUGAACAAAGUUGGAAAGUAAAGUUUAAUGAUACUAUUGAUUGUAGCUAUAUGUGAACCAUUCUGUUCCAUAAUUUGCAAUAUUUUUCGUGUUGAGGCCUACAAAAUAGAUGUUUCAUUAUUUUGACGUGUGUGAAUCAAAGCUACCAAAGUUUAUAGAAACCGUUAUGAGUCAAACCUCUGUGAUUAUAUUUGUUUUCAAUAGGUGGUUGUUAUUCGAUCUGGAUUUUCAGGCUAAAUGUUACUUUAUGUAAGAAAUAAUUCACUCUGUGCAUCCCCUUUUUCUGAGCUUCCUAUUCCUUUGUAAAUUAGAUUGCAGAACGUUUUCUGUCAUUAGCUUGCAUUUUUCCCACUCUGUACCUGCUAUGAAAACACCUGUAGUAUAAGAAAAAGAAUUGUCAUUGAAGUAGUGAAAUGUAAUGACUUCUUGCACACGCAACAAUAUCACAAUGUGUAUAUAUAGUUUGUAAUUUUUUGUACAAACAUGUAAAUAAUGCCUUGUACAGUAAUAAUAAUUAGAAGGUGUGAAGUAAUUGUACAUUAUUCUAGUAAAUAUCUACAGUUCAGUUUCUGACACGAUUUUGCUUUCAUUUUGUCGUUCAACAAAACAAGCAGCUUUGGGAACAUUAACUGUUACACUACCUUUCCUCCAGCGCAUUACAUACCUAUUCUUUGCUAUCUACGAACGUUGUCUACUUUCUCCAUUUCCUUUUGUAACUACGGAAUAUUUUUAUCAAAUCUUCCUGCAAAAAAAAAUGUUUAUAUCCCAAGGGGAAAUAAAGUUUUCUUUUGUUGCUGAA